AAGGCGUCGCGCCGGGCAUCGGAGAACGCUGGCAAGGUCGAGGAGGAGAAGCUGUACAGCCCGGAGGAGGCGGUGGCGCUGAUGAAGGAGCUGGCGACGGCCAAGUUCACCGAGACGGCCGAGCUCCACGGCAACCUCAACCUCGACCCCAAAUACAAUGACCAGCAGGCGCGCCGCCUCCGGCGUAGCGCCUCGCGCCGGCGUAGCGCCCUCGUGCUCACGGCUCCCUCUCCCUCCCAGAUCCGGACAACGGUCGCGCUUCCGCACGGCACUGGCAAGUCCGUGCGCGUGGCUGUGCUUGCGGAGGGAGCGGCGGCGGACGAGGUGACAGCCGCU